AUGGUUGCAAAGUUGAACACACACCUAGCAGUGGUAACGCAAGGCCCGAAACAGGCCAGAUUGGUGACCGAUCGACCAAUUCCCAGCCUGCGCGAUGAUUACAUGCUCGUCAGAACCGUAACAGUGGCUCUCAACCCGACAGACUGGAAACAUAUCGACUUAGUGCCUAGUGAUGGAUGUACCGUGGGCUGUGACUUUGCCGGCAUCGUCGAGGAGGUCGGUCCCAAAGUGCCCGAGAGAUUCCAGAAGGGAGAUCGGGUACUGGGCCUCACACACGGAUGCAACGCCGUCGAGCCUGAAGAUGGCGCGUUUGGCCAAUAUGUCAUGGCCAAGGGAAAUGUGCAGCUCAAGAUUCCAGGAUGGAUGAGCUGGGAGGACGCUUGUACGGUUGGGGUCGGAUACACGACCGUUGGCCAAAGUCUAUAUCAGAAUCUUGGAAUUCCAAUGCCUGGAAAGCCGCGGAGCGCUACUACACCGAAGACGGUCUUGAUUUAUGGAGGAUCGACCGCGACAGGUACCUUGGCUAUUCAGUGUGCUAAGCUAUCCGGAAUGGAAGUGAUCACGACGUGCUCGGUCAGCAAUUUUGACAUGGUCAAGGAACUCGGGGCGGAUGCGGUGUUUGACUAUAGCAAGCCUAAUGCGGCGGCCGAGAUUCGGAGGUAUACCAGGGAUAACUUGAAGCUGUGCUUUGACACCGUCGCAAUGGCUACCUCGGCUCAGUUUUGUGCAGAAGCUCUGACCAGUAAAGCUGGAGGCCGGUAUCACACACUACAGGAACUACGAUGCCCUCGGCGAGAUGUCCGGUCCACUGUCUCAAUGGCGUAUACCGUCGUAGGAGAGCCAUACACGAUGGGACCCCAGAAGGUGCCCGCCAAACCAAUUGAUGUGAAGCAUCACCUGGUAUGGCAGUCAGUGUUUCAGGACUUGUUAGACCAGGGUAAAAUCAAAACCCAUCCGGUGUCUAAGCAGCCAUAUGGGCUCAAGGGAGUGUUGUCUGGACUGGAUAUGUUGCGCGAGAACAAAGUACGAGGUCAGAAGUUGGUUUACCGGGUGGAUGAAACACCACAUCAAUUUUAG